AUGGACCAGCCUAUCAUGGCCAUCGCCUCCGCCACAAAACCAAGCCGGAAGUCAUCUUUUGAAAGAGAAGGAUGGUGGAGAAUAGCGUUAACAAACGCUCCUAAUCCUGGCACUUACCACUUGAAAACUUUUAUUGAAGAAUAUCUAUUAAAUCCAGUGAUAGCAACAUACAGUUUUAAAAAUGAAGGAAGGAAAAAACCACCUCUUCUGCAAAGAAACGAUCUGGUAUUAAAUGACCUUCCCCAGUACAUGCCUCCUGACUUCUUGGACUUGUUAAAGUAGUAAGUGGCCACCUACUCAUUUAAAGACAAACCACGGUCAAACCCCAGCACGCUGGUUUACAGAGAUCAGUCUGUUCAGCUUUCACCAGGACAAUACGAGCUACUUCCUGCACAAGUUCCCAAGCAUGCUUCCAGGAGCUUUGUAUUUCGUUCUACAGUUCAAAGGUUUCCAACAGGCUGCUUCACUCCUCGUGAAGGCCCAGGACCAGGUCAUUAUAACUUGAAAAUACCUUCAGUAAGUUCUGUUACUUCCUGUUUUCAAUCCAGAGUACCUCGAUUCUUGCCUGCCUGUUCAAAAACGCCAGGCCCAGGAGCAUACACAUCUUCAGCACAAUUCCCCAAGCAGCCCCGGACCAUAGCCAAAAUGGGCCGAGAACAUAGCCUUUUCUUCAACAACACAAUUGGCUUUUAA